UUUCGACCCUUUUGACAGGCGGAACCUUCGACCCGGUCUGUGUUUCCACACGGACAGCCAGCUGCAGAUAUGGCAACCUGCACGCGGACUGUUUGGAAAGUUUUGUCAGGAUGCCAGAAGCAGCUGCUGAGCGCCGGCGGUCCCUUUCACGCUGCCGUAUCACAGACGGCGCCGAGGAGGCUGCCCGUCCGCACCUUCGCUGCCGUCAGGGCCAAGAAGAAAGAGAAAAACGAGGAAACGAAGAAGGAGGCCAAGAAGGAGAAGGUUGCCAUCGACGACACAGACAGACACAAGCCUUUUGGCAAGACGGCGUGGGCACCCGUGGAUGACGUCUACGUUACGCGCUUCUAUCCCAGGACCACACACGGCGCCGCUGACAGCAUCGAGAUGCUGAAGAGAUUCCAGGAGCUGGACUUCACUCCGCCCAAUCAGCCCGUCUACGUCGACCUGAAGCUGGACAUGAAGCUGGAGAAGAAGAAAAGAGUCGACCCGUUCGUCAGCACCGUCCACUUACCCCACCCCUUCAAGGCCGAGAUGAACAAAGUUUUAGUUUUCACUGAGGAUGCUGGUCAGGCUAAAGCUGCUCGGGAGAACGGCGCAGCUUUUGUUGGAGGAGCGGAGCUCAUUCAGCCGAUUCUGGACGAUGAGAUUUCAGCCGACUUCUACGUGGCGGUUCCUGAUAUUCUGCCGAAGAUUUUAGCCCUGAAAAACAAACUGAGGAAGAAGUUUCCAAAGAGCAAAAGAGGUACGGUCAGCAAUAACCUUUCCAAGACGUUGGAGUUGUUUAAAACGGGUCACGAGUAUCUGGUGGAGAGCGACUGCUUCAUCCGGACCCAGAUAGCCACGCUGGACAUGCCCAGUGAGCAGAUCUUGGCCAACCUGCAGACGAUCCUGGCCGACGUUUGUUCACACCGACCGACCAGCCUGGGGCCUUUCAUCGAGCGGGCCAUCAUGAGCAGUCGGACGAGUGAAGCCAUCUGGUUCAGGACCGAAGGCGUUCUACCCGAAGCGCCGCAGGCAGACGAGGAAUGAGAUGUUUUUCAGACUGUAUAUAAUGACUGCGAUGAAUAAAGUUGUUUUUUCCCCCCUGA